CACAAAAGAAUUUCCACGAAUGACAGGCGGGCGAGGUUUGAACGACCAGAAGAUACCAUCGGUGCAUCUUUAAAACCAGGAUCCAGCAUGGCCUUGAGGCACAGCCUGUUUCCAAGGCGUCGUACUAUUUUGACCUAUCCCAUCCCCGAUUACACUCAAGUGAAGCCUAAAACGCACACUUAUAAUACACCGAAAACUUGUGGCCAAAACAUCCAGAUUUCGGAUGUACAAGUUCGCAGGCAGGAGAAGAAUGCAAGAAACAACGAAGACAAUUUCAAGAAGCCUUCCAAGAUACCUGUAUUGGUCAAAUCAAAGGUCUCGGAAGGACAAGACCGCAGGCAGGAACAGGAAACCACAGCCAAAAGGGAUUGGAAGGGGGCGAAGCCUUCCAAGAUACCUGUAUUGAUCAAAUCAAAGGUCUCGGAAGGUCAAGACCGCAGGCAGGAGCAGCAAGCAACUCCAAAGAGGGACUGGAAGGGUUCGAAGCCAUCCAAGAUACCUAUCAAAUCAAAGGUCUCGGAAGGACAAGACCGCAGGCAGGAACAGCAAGCAACACCCAAGAGGGAUUGGAAGGGUUCGAAGCCUUCCAAAAUACCUGUAUUGAUCAAAUCAAAGGUAUGAUAGUUGUGAAUGGGACGCCUCUCUAAUCCUGCAUUAGUUUAUUUCUUCUUGUCAUCAACACAAUUUAAUUAAUAUGCAGUAUUCUGGAAUAUAAUAUAAGUAAGUACACCUGCAUGUGGUUUACUGAAGUAAUGUAAUAUAACAGACGUUGACAAAUUUUGAAUCUUUCGCAUACCUAUCUCUUUGUUUGGAGUCGUAUUGUGUUAUUUUCAUAUAAUAAAUUUGGAAACCAAUUAAUUUGGAUAAAUAUGAAAUUCCAACCGUAAUGUUUGUGUAAGUGUUCACAUGAAACGUGGGCUUUUAUAUAAAUAAUGAGUGCAUACAUUACAUAAGUAAUAAAAAAUAAUAUAAUUGAAUAUUAAAUGCAUAAGUUCGAAAUAUUCAACACAUACCCAUCAGGCUAUAUUUUAGUUCCAAGUAUUGUCUCUAAACGUUCAUGUUCCCGUUUAAACGGUGCCUCAAUAAUUUACUCUUUCGACAUCAUGUGGGGUCAUGAAUAUACAGUCCAAAACAGUUACUAACUUUUGUGCGUGCAAUAUUAGGAAUGGCUUAUGUUUUACAAAAUUCAUCCACCUUCGCACUUAUAAUCAAUUUGUAUGAAAUUUGAGUAGAAAUUUUUAAUAUGUGUUCACACAAAAUUUCUUUUGUAAGCUUAGUUAAGAAUAGCGAAUUUCAGAGAACAAAAAUAGAGAGAA